AUGGUCCACCCCAACUUCAAGCUCGCCGACUCCUCGUUGCUUAUCACGACUGGCUGGAUCGCUGACGAGCCUGUCGCGGCGGCCAGCGGCAAGACGUUUAACGUGGUCGACCCUGCCAACGGUGAAGUCUGGACAACGGCGCCGGCCAUGGAUGAGAUGGACACCGACAAGGCGAUUGCUGCGGCAGUCGAGGCAUUUCCGUCAUUCUCGCAGAUCUCGGCGCGGCAGCGUGCACGUAUGCUUCUCCGUUUCGACGCUCUCGUCCGCGAUAACAAAGAAGACCUUGCUCAGCUCCUCGUCAUGGAGUCGGGCAAGGCGCUCAUCGAGGCGCGCGCCGAGGUCGACUACGCCGUAACCUACUCGUGGCUCAUGGCCGGGGAGGCCGAGCGUAUCACGGGGGAGACAAUUAAAGCAAACGACAACCCUACUCUCCGCUUCUUCACACAGAGGGUACCCAUUGGCCCUGUCGCCCUGCUCUGCCCGUGGAACUUCCCGCUGGUCAUCGCUCUGCGCAAGAUCUGCACUGCCCUGGCGGCGGGCUGCACCAUGGUCGUCAAGCCUUCGCCCGAGACCCCCACAACUACUCUCGCUCUUGGUGUCCUUGCCCAGCGCGCCGGCAUUCCUAAGGGUGUCAUUAACGUGGUGACAGCUUCGAACCAGACCACGCCCGCUGUGGGGAAGAAACUUUGCGAGGACAAACGCGUCAAGAAGAUUAGCUUUACUGGCUCGACCCCUAUCGGCAAGCUCCUCAUGACCCAGUGCGCCUCCUCGCUCAAGAAGAUGACCCUCGAGCUCGGCGGUAACGGUGGCUGGGUGGUGUUUGAAGAUGCCGAGCUUGAAAAGGCCGCCGACGCUCUCAUGGCCAACAAACUGCGCCACGCUGGACAGGUGUGCGUGUGUGCCAACCGUGUGUUUGUGCAGAAGGAUGUGUUCGACAAGUUUGCCGCUAUUGUCGAGGAGCGCAUGCGCAAGCUCAAGUUUGGCCACGGCCUUAGCACCGACUCAACCAACGGUGCGAUCGCGACCGAGCGUGGUGCUGCGCGUGCAGUUAGGCUUGUCGAGGAUGCGGUCAAGAACGGCGGCAAGCUGGUCAUGGGUGGCAAGCGUUUUGGUACUGGGUACCUCUUUGAGCCUACACUGGUCCUUGGUGCUAGCAGGGACGCCAUGGUGUACCGCGAGGAAAUGUUCGCACCUAUCGUCUCGCUCUAUCCGUUCGAGACCGAGGACGAGGUCGUCGCUCUCUGCAACAACACGGAUAUGGGUCUGUCUAACUACGUCUGGACACGCGACAUUGGCCGCGCGUGGCGCUGCUUUGAGAAGCUCGAGAGCGGCACCGUCGCGCUUAACACAGCCAACGCGAACACGGCCGAGAGCCCAUUCGGCGGUAUCAAGGAGAGUGGUCUCGGCAAGGAGGGCGGCUUCCACCACGGCGUCGACGAGUUCUGCGUGCUCAAGGUUGCUGCGCUCACUAUUUAG